AUGGGUGAUGAAACCAAUCGGACCUCCAUUUCAGAAGAUGUUUUAGCUUAUCUCCGCAGUCCUUGGUUGACUAAAUUUGCACCUGCGGUUUAUACGGUUGUGUUCCUCAUAUCGCUGCCUUUGAACUUAACAGCAAUCAUGAUAUUCCUGUGCAAAAUUCAAGUGAAGACACCGGCUGUGGUAUUCAUGCUGAACUUGGCUGUUGCCGACAUCCUCUUAGUUGUCUUGAUGCCUUUUGAAAUCAUUUACCGAUCCUCAGGAAACCAUUGGGUGAUGGGAGAAGGAAUGUGCCGCUUUGUGACUGUUGUAUCUUUCUGCAACAUGAACUGCUCCAUCCUGCUGAUGACCAGUAUCAGCGUGGACCGCUUCCUGAGCGUGGUCUAUCCUAUGCAAUCUCUCUUAUGGCGCACCGUGAGCAGAGCCUGGUACGUUUGUCUUUUCAUCUGGAUGGUUUCCAUCGCCAGCGCUGUGCCGCUUCUUAUAAGCCAACUAACUGUUCGCAUCGACCAACUGAACAUCACAGUUUGCUAUGAUACGACGGCACAUAAAGGCUUUGAGACCAUUUACUUUCAUUAUUUCACUGCUUAUAUUUCAAUUUUCUUUUUGUUGCCUUUUAUUGUUACAAUUUUCUGUUACGCCGGAACCAUCCGAAGUCUGAGCUCACCAAAAAUCGAAAGCACCUUUAAAAAGUCCCGAUCCGUGUGCCUUUGUAUCACAGUGCUUUUUGAAUUUAUUAUUUGCUUUGGCCCGACCAACACCUUUUUUUUGCUUAAUUAUCUGAACAUCAAUAAGCCUUUUGGAGACUCUAUGUAUUUUGCCUAUAUCAUGUCUUUCACUAUUAGUAGCAUUAGCUGUUGUCUGGACCCUGUUAUCUAUUAUUGCGGGUCCUCAAAGUUUGUGAAGUACAUAUACAGCUUGGUGUGUUGUGGCAAAACUGAAGCUGACCAUAAACAGAAAGACAGACGUCUGCCCGUAUUCUAUAGAGCCGGGAUCUGA